AUGACCAUUGCAAAUAACAUCAAGAUCACAUUACCUCAAAUUCUUAAUGCAUUGGAAUACUUAAAGGUUGUUAAAGAUCGAUUUAGAUCUGCUGACAAGUCACUUGCUGGCACUAUUAUGGCUGAAUUGAGAACAAUGAAAUAUGAUGGCAAUCGAGGAGUUCAGGAUCACAACCUCAACAUGGUUGACAAAGCUGCAAAGCUUAAAACGUUACGGAUGCAAGUUGAUGAAACUUUCCUCGUGCAGUUUAUUCUCAACUCACUUCCAUCACAGUUCAGGGCAUUCAAAAUUCACUAUAACACCAAUAAAGAUAAGUGGAAUUUGAAUAAGCUGACUAAUGUAUGUGUUCAGGAGGAAGUGAGGUUGAGGGAGGAAUGA